AUGAUUCCUGAGCGUAACGACAUUGAAUUCGAACCCGUCGACGCCGGUGCGUCUAAGACCGUCCCCCUUCAGUGCUCUGCUCUACGCAAGGGCGGUUUCGUCGUGAUCAAAGCACGUCCUUGCAAGAUUGUGGACAUGUCUACCUCCAAGACCGGCAAGCACGGUCACGCCAAGGUCCACCUGGUCGGCAUCGAUGUCUUCACUGGCAAGAAGUAUGAGAUUCUCUCUCCAUCCACCCACAACAUGGAUGUACCCAUCGUCCACCGAAAAGAGCUUCUAGUGAUGGACGUUUCCGACGAUCGUUACCUCUACUGCAUGGAUGAGAAUGGCAACGAGGUCAACCAUCUCAAGAUGCCUGACGAUCCAGAACUUGUUAAGAAGCUCGAUACGUUCAUGUCUGCGGAAGAUCCCAAUCAACAGAAGGAAAUCUACGCCAACGUCCUUACCGCCAUGGGUGAGGAGGCUUGCAUUGAUUUCAAAGAGGUUGUCAAGGGCCCCUAA